AUGCAGGUGACGUGCGAUCUCGACCAGGAUGUGCUAGCUUCGCGAUUCGACACGGCUGGCACCCCCAAUGGGCAAUGGGCCUUGAUAUUUCUCGCAUCCUCGCCUUCGAGAUGGGAAAGCAGAAGUUGUAAUCUGAUUGACGCAUGCGACAUGUGGUCUCUUUUGCAGGUCCUUGUGAAGACGCCGUCCGCAGAUGGUAAAUACGAUGUCUAA